GGACGGUAGGGGGAUGAUGAAGGCGAAGCACUGUAGCUGCUGCCUCAGCCGCCUCCUGGCCUCCGCCCUCCUGCUGUUGCUACUGCUGCCAGAGUUGAGAGGGCCCUUGCCAGUGCUGCUGCAGGCGGUCGCGGCUGCGCCGGAUCCUGGGCCUCCCGACCGUGGGCCGCGGACCCUGCCGCCCCUGCCACCCAGGCCCACAGCUGCCCAGUCCCAGGCCCGCGCUCCGCCCGAAGCCUUGGGGCCGCGGGGCGCUGAGGGAGGCAAUGGCAGCAUUCCAGGGGCGGGGCUUGCAGCGGACGACCUAGGCGGGAAGGCAGGGGAAGAAGGCUCAGUGGGUGGCGGCCUCGCUGUGAGCCCCAACCCCGGCGACAAGCCCAUGACCCAGCGGGCCCUGACCGUGUUGAUGGUGGUGAGUGGCGCGGUGCUGGUGUACUUCGUCGUCAGGACGGUCAGGAUGAGAAGAAGAAACCGAAAGACUAGGAGAUACGGAGUUCUGGACACUAACAUUGAAAAUAUGGAGUUGACACCUUUGGAACAAGAUGAUGAGGAUGAUGAUAACACACUGUUUGAUGCCAAUCAUCCUCGAAGAUAAGAAUGUGCCUUUUGAUGAGAGGACUUCAUCUUUCUACAAUGAAGAGCAGAAUUUUUAUGUUUAAGGAAUAAGAAGCCACUUUAUCAAUGGGGGGGGUAUUUAAGUUACAUAUAUUAAGAUAAACUUUAAUUUGUUGUUACAGUAAAUACUGUAUCAUUUUGUUUUGUAUUUUUAUGUAUAGAAGUGCUCUUAGUGGGCUCAGAGUUGUUGGGAGUAAGCUGUACUAUAAUAGAAAUCUGAAAAUAACUUUACAGCAGGGUGUGUUCUGAUCGGCUUUUCUUUCAUGCUUACCUUAUUACUGUAAACUGCUUUCUGUACUAAUCAGUUAAUGUGGGGGUUUUUUUGCUGGUUAAGUUUUAGGGUUUUGUUGGUUUGUCUUUCUGGAACUAUAAAUCCCAACAACCAAAUGGUGUGUAAAAAUAAUUUUAAAAUUUCUUUACCAAGAUGUAUUUCCCAUUUUUGUGGGGAAAAGAAGCCAAAUUUAUUACUUUGCAUUUAGGUUUUUUAAAUAUUAGAAAAUGCCUGAGUUGUAUGCAAAACAAUAAAUAUGAUUUAAAAUUCUCUUAAA